GCCAGCUCCGCGCUUGCGCAGCCCGCUCUCCCUCCGGGAACAUGGCGGACGAGGCUACCCGCCGCAUCCUGAGUGGCAUCCCGCUGCUGCGAACCAACGCUGGCCCGCGGGACGCUGAGCGCUGGCGGGAGCGCCUUAAGGAGGAGUACCAGGCGCUCAUCAAGUACGUGGAAACUAACAAGCAGGCCGAUAAUGACUGGUUCAGAUUGGAGUCGAACAAGGAUGGAACACGGUGGUUUGGUAAAUGCUGGUAUAUCCAUGAACUUUUGAAAUACGAGUUUGACAUCGAGUUUGACAUUCCCGUCACGUACCCUACAACAGCUCCAGAGAUCGCUGUGCCAGAGCUGGAUGGCAAGACGGCGAAAAUGUACAGAGGAGGGAAGAUCUGUCUGACGGAACACUUCAAACCUCUGUGGGCACGCAAUGUUCCCAAGUUCGGGUUGGGCCACCUGAUGGCCCUGGGGUUAGGACCCUGGCUUGCUGUGGAAAUCCCAGAACUGAUCAACAAAGGGCUCAUCCAGCACAGGGAAGGGCCGGACAAGAACUAGGAACGGACUGAAGCAGCGGACAGUCGUUGCUGGGGUUGGGGGUGGACGUUUUGUUGGAGGGAGACUUGAGGAUGGAUGUGCGGGUCGACCACUGAAACCAUCGCGCACCGCUUCCUGCUGGACCUCCGCCCAGUUCCAUCAGCUCUGCGAACCAUUCUGGACUUGAAACAGGUCUUUUUCGCCUCCCCUUCUGCCUCCCCAGGGUCCCCUUCUGUCUCUCUCUCUCUCUCUGUCCCUUGCUCAAACGGAGGGUUCCCCCCAUCCACCAAGAAGUGGUCUCUCCCUGCGAUGUGGGUGCACCCGUGCAUUUGGAAAUGGCAAGCUGUAACCCUCUCCGUCUCUCCCCCCGCAUUCUUCCCCCUCCACUCGGAGAGGGUAGGAUCUCUCUCUGCAGACUACAGGAGGAUGGGGCAAGGGCGAAGCAAGCACUAGGCUGGGGAAAAAAAGGAUUGCGUGGCGCUCCUGCUACUCAGGAGGGGUGCGGCUGUCUGGGAGUGUGAGCAGAGAGAGGGGCAGGCAGCAAUUGGGCAGGGUGGAGAAUGUAAUAUAUAAAGUAUAUGCCAGAAAUGAAUGUAAUAAAACUGGACAGAUCGCUCCCUG